UAUCGUUGUUCAGAGCUCAGACCUAGUCGAAACCAGUCCUCACCGCCAGACCUUCGUCUACUCCGUCUCCGACGAUACACCAGCAGCAAUCAUGGCAGACGAUCAGAAUGAUGUGAAAGAAGAGGUGGCGCUGGCAGAUGUUGCACCUUUUGAUCCUAGUAAAAAGAAGAAGAAGAAGAAGGUUGUAAUUGAGGAUCCGGCUGAUGAUUCUGUGGAUAAGUUGGCUGAGAAAACGGAAAGCCUGGCAGUUUCUGAAGGCCAGGACAGUUCCUUUACUGGCUUGAAAAAGAAAAAGAAGAAGCCAAUCGAAACUAGCAUUUUGAAUGAGGAGACUGGUGAUGUACCAGAGGAUUUGGAUGAGCACCCAGCCGAGGAUGAAGAAGGAGAAGGCAUUAUACUUGGGGCCUCCAAUCCUUGGGAGGGAAGCGACCGUGAUUAUGAAUAUGAGGAGCUUCUUGGAAGGGUGUACAACAUCCUUAGGGAGAAUAAUCCGGAGCUAGCUGGAGAUAGGCGUAGGACAGUUAUGAGGCCUCCACAAGUUCUGCGUGAGGGCACAAAGAAAACUGUCUUUGUCAAUUUCAUGGAUCUGUGCAAGACGAUGCAUAGGCAACCAGAGCAUGUCCAGAAUUUCUUGUUGGCCGAACUGGGGACAAGUGGAUCACUUGAUGGACAACAGAGGUUAGUUGUGAAGGGAAGGUUUGCGCCAAAGAAUUUUGAAGGGAUACUGCGGCGAUAUGUCAAUGAAUAUGUGAUCUGUCUUGGGUGCAAAAGCCCCGACACCAUACUAUCAAAGGAGAAUCGCCUGUAUUUCCUCAGAUGCGAGAAGUGCGGUUCUGGACGAUCUGUUGCUCAGAUCAAACAAGGUUUUGUUGCUCGUGUUGGGCGCAGGAAUGCUGGGGCAUGAUCCUGUUCUGCUUUUGGUUGUCUAAAGUCUGUAUUAGGAGAAGAGAACUGUGGUUUACUAGUCAAUGAAUUUUGGAUUUGCCUGUUUAUUAUUACUAGAACAACGUAGUAGUUGUGAUAUGUAGACACUGAGGUGAUAACUCUGGCUAUUUUGCUGUCAUAUACUCAUCAAUUGCUUCUUACGGCCCUUGUGUUUGAGUUCAGAAAACCUUUCCUUUCUAUUAGC